CUACAGUACUGGCUUCUUUGCAGCAACUUCGUAUUUGAUUGAAUUGUUUUAAAAUGUAGUACAUGUACAUGCAUCUCUUUACAUUCACCAAACUUCCGGGCAUGGCUCAUCCUCAAGGUGAAGCAAUAAAAGUUAUAGAACAGUAUUUUAAUUUCUUUCCCAUUCUAAUUUAAAUAUCACGGAGGCGUGGACGCAGACGCGGGUAUGCCGUCGAGGUUACCCGUCGCCGCUCGGGUAGGGCUUCGACCUCGCCAUACGCGCGGACUGACGGCAUGCGCACCUUCGCGCUUAUUGCCUCCGACACACCGUCAGCAGCUAGUUCAGACUUCUGACCCCGCUCCAGGCACCGACGCUUCUAUGCAGGACGAGCCCUCAUUGCUCUCCCCGGACAUCAUUUCCUCAGCCGUUAUGAAGAUGAACGCCCUCCACCCUCUCCUCGAACGCGUGGAACGCCUGGAGAACAGACAGUGCUGAGUCUGAUCUGGAAGCCGAUCUCUCCCACGCGCGCGCUCCGCACCCGAAAGAUCGCUCCCACGCUCCGAGCGUCAAGCUCCGGACCUAUCCUGCCCGGAACUUCCAGUUCUAUCGGAACCUCCGACUUUGCCAGGACCUCCAGUUCUCUCCAAGCCCUCGGUUCUACCCACACCGCCACGUCGUGCGAUUGAAAAAAUCCAGCGCGGAGAGUUUGUGGAACUUGAGGAACUCUUGCCGGAAAAUUUCAGCUCCCAGGGACAGGAGCCAAUACAACUGGUUACAGCUGGCGGCGACAUGGCUCAGCUCUCGCUCAACCUCAGCGCAAAGCACACGCGCGCGAUCAACGACUUCUCGGCUUGGCUGGAGGCCUGGACGAUCUACAUGGGCAUCGUCGUUCUUGCUCGUCCUGACCGAGCUCAUGAGCUCGUCUGCUACCAGCACAUACUUUGUACUGCGAACCAACAGUUCACGACGUCUGCUAGCAUGCUGUGCUGAACUAUGAUCGAGCAUUUCGCCAACACACCGCCAGCAUGGCACUGCGCUGGGACGUGAUCAAUCAGACGCUGUGGAGUAUUCGCCUACUCCGCUCUCCCCGUCUGUCAUGCAGACGUCUCCUGUGCUGAACUAUGAUCGAGCAUUUCGCCAACACACCGCCAGCAUGGCACUGCGCUGGGACGUGAUCAAUCAGACGCUGUGGAGUAUUCGCCUACUCCGCUCUCCCCGUCUGUCAUGCACCAGAUGCACGCUCCAAAACAGCCGCGACCGCUGCCUGCCCACAUGCCGUAGCUCAACACGCGCAGCCCUUUCCAUCAGUGGCGGGCAGCACCCGCCAAGUCUGUUUUAAAUAACUUCAACCCCGGCAGGCCCUGUUCCCGCACACCCUGCGACCGUCUCUACGCCUGCAGCUCAUGUGAAGACAAAGGUCAUGCCGCCACAUCCUGCACCAGCACCACCCGCUUCAGGUGGCAGCGCCCUGCAGAUAGCCACGAGAAGACUUCGAAGCCCACUGAGAAAAAGUAAGCCGACUUCCACUCCCCUGAACACUGUUCGCUUUCACACAUUACUGCCUUCCUCGGAAUUGUGCUGGACACGGUGCGCAUGGAAGCCCGUCUCCCAGACGACAAACCGACGGACCUCCGCGAGCUCCUCAGCGAGCUGUCACGCUGCACCCAGACCACGCAACGCAAACUCGAUCACUUCCUGGGGAAACUCUCCUUUGCGUCGAGCGUCGUCGUACCAGGCAGAACAUUUACGCGGCGCUUAUGGGAUAUCAACAAGAGGUUUAGCCGCGCCAAGCCCUAUUUCCGUAUCACUCUGACAGGCAUUCCAGCAGCUGGCACCAUCGGCACAGCAAGCCCCGGACACUGCAAUCCGCCUCUCUCUCCUGGACUGAUGCAGGAGGUCGCCGACCUGGCAGCCAUGGCAAUCGCCCCGACAACACGGCGCACGUACGCCACUGGCGAAAGGAAAUUUACGCAAUUCUGUGCGUUGCAGAGAUGGACGCCCAUGCCGGCUACAGACACGAUGCCCAGCUGCUUCGCAGCACACCUCACACAAUCGGUUCAACCACAGACAAUUCAUGUCUACAUGGCCGCAGUACACAACAUGCAUCUCGAAGCCGGAUUCCGAGAUCCAACGAUGAACGCAUUGCUGCCGCCACGUGUUAUGCGAGGCAUCAAGAGGACGGCGACUGACCCGGCAAUCCAGCGCACUCGCCUCCCAAUCACCAUUGAUUUGCUGCGGAAGCUCCUCAACCAUGUCAACCAACUCAGCCUGGACCAACGGCAUCACCAGCAGGACAAGGGCAUGCUCAAGGCGGCAAUGGUGCUCGCCUUCUUCGGAUUUCUUCGAUGCGCUGAAUUCACUGCGCCUCCAGCCGGGUUUGACCCUGCCACUCAUACCACACGCCAGGAUGUGACUCUGGAUGUCACUCAAGGACGCACAUAUAUCCGCUUCCACAUCAAGCAAUCGAAGACGGACCAACUUCGUCAGGGCCAUGCAGAUAAUCGUAGUACCACUUCACAACCUUGCCCGGUUGCCGCCCUCCUGGCAUAUUUUACAGUCUGUCCGUCUGACGCCACUGACGCACUCUUCCGCUACCGCCCUGGGAGACCGCUGACCAGGCAGGCACUGACAGAAGAGCUCCGACAGCUUCUCCCACUCACGGGAACACCCAAUUCACGCGAUUACGCUGGUCAUUCGUUCCGCAUCGGUGCCGCCACAACUGCAGCCAUGGCGGGUACCCCGGACUGGCUAAUCAGGGCAAUGGGCCGAUGGAGAAGCGACAGUGUCUUGCGCUACAUCAGGGCAACCGACACAGACAUGGGGCAGCUGACCCAAAAGCUGUCAGAGGUACAAGCGCAUCACAGAACACAUGGAGGUAUGUAAGAACCCGCCACGCGGGCACGCAACUCGCACCCAUGCACGUACCCACACGGCUGACCGUUUGGAACAGCACAGCAACUUGCUCUGCUAGGAUUGUGCUGACAAACUGCGCUGAUAGCAACAACAGUGUCAUUCACGUGCAUUGCAAUGUGUCACAACUUAGCAUGGAGGCUGGGCAACCAUGGGCCAGCUAUCUCCUCUCAUCUGGCAAUUAUCACGGUCUUCGGCCAUCACACUCAUACUCCCACACUCCUGCCUCCUAACGGGCAUUGCACUUCGUGCGUGGGCCGUCCACACUCCGUCCAUUUCAUGGGCGCCCAUCUCAUGGGCUGCACUUUGUGCGUGGACAUACAUACACACUAUCAUACAGGCCGUCCACACUCCGCCCAGUUCAUGGGUGCCCAUUUCAUGGGCUGCACCUCGUGUGCGUGGGCCGUCCACACUCCGUCCAUUUCAUGGGCGCCCAUCUCAUGGGCUGCACUUUGUGCGUGGACAUACAUACACACUAUCAUACAGGCCGUCCACACUCCGCCCAGUUCAUGGGUGCCCAUUUCAUGGGCUGCACCUCGUGCGUGGACUAUCCUACAUGAUUAUCACAUGCCAGAUUCGGUUGCCCAGCACUCCAUGAAUCCUCCAUAUGAUGUGUGCUCUCCACUGGUCUGCAAUAGCGAGUGCAUGCGUGUUAAUAGCACAUUAGAGCUUGCGGUAAUGUAGGUUAACACGUUGCACAAGCCACCACUUCACACGCGCUCCAGCGGCUUCCAAAGAGCCCGCAGAUCCCACGCUAUUCAUUGAUGCAUGUCAAGUAACACGUACAUGCACGCUGUGGUGGCAUGUAACAUGCCUACGCCGGAACUCACCUGAACUCGCCAGCCAACCAGCCAUAUGCGGCUGCAGCACACAUCGGAGCUUGAACCCGUAACGCAUACACCAUACUUUGCGCUGGCCGUAUUGCUACUUCAUAUUUGCUUUGCUUGGGUAGUGAGAAGAACACCGGUUUGUUCCUUUCUCACCCACCCACCUCUUCCCAUCUAUGAAUAAUAUUGAUAUCCUUGAUUCAACACAGGUAUCAUAAUUCAUACAAGACGAAAAUAAAUAGGAGUGCUGGGCCAGCUAUCUCCUCUCAUCUGGCAAUUAUCACGGUCUUCGGCCAUCACACUCAUACUCCCACACUCCUGCCUCCUAACGGGCAUUGCACUUCGUGCGUGGGCCGUCCACACUCCGUCCAUUUCAUGGGCGCCCGUCUCAUGGGCUGCACUUUGUGCGUGGACAUACAUACACACUAUCAUACAGGCCGUCCACACUCCGCCCAGUUCAUGGGUGCCCAUUUCAUGGGCUGCACCUCGUGUGCGUGGGCCGUCCACACUCCGUCCAUUUCAUGGGCGCCCAUCUCAUGGGCUGCACUUUGUGCGUGGACAUACAUACACACUAUCAUACAGGCCGUCCACACUCCGCCCAGUUCAUGGGUGCCCAUUUCAUGGGCUGCACCUCGUGCGUGGACUAUCCUACAUGAUUAUCACAUGCCAGAUUCGGUUGCCCAGCACUCCAUGAAUCCUCCAUAUGAUGUGUGCUCUCCAC